CAUGAAAUGACUGUCUUAUGUGGGUAGAAAAAUAAAAGUAAACAAACGAGACCGCAUCCGUCCGUCCGUCUGCGCGCGUGCUCUCAUGUUUGUGGCGCGUGAGGCGCGCGCCGGAGGAGGAAGCGGCGCUCUUCCUCUUGUAUCUGCGUUUCUGGACCAGCAAGAACAGCUUUGAACCGGUUUGAACGCCGGCUACAAAGCAGUAACAAACGCACAAUGAGCACCGAUGUGGCAGCUCGACUCAUUCACACCCAGACAAAGCAGCCGACAGAGAGCAGACUGUGUCGUUAAGUCUAAAAAAAAAAAAAAAAAAAAAAAAAAAAAGGGAGAGAAAGGAAAAGAUUGCGCAUGAAUAGAUUUGCGUGCUGCUGCGUGGAAAGUUGCUGCUGAGCGCGCAGUUGAUGCUGAGGAAAGCCCUCCUCUUAAAGCUGUAAUAAGCGGGCACCACCAGCAACAUGACUUCAUCUACUAAAGACCUGGAUGGAGGUUGGGGAUGGGCGAUCGUCGCCGCAUCCUUCGUGGCCCAGCUCCUGGCUUACGGGUCACCACAGUCGGUGGGCGUCCUGUACCCCGAGUGGCUGCACGCCUUCCAGGAGGGCAAAGGCAUGACGGCCUGGGUGGGCUCUCUGGUGGCAGGAGUGGGAUUAAUAGCCAGUCCCAUCUGCAGCGCCUGCGUCGACAACUUCGGGGCCCGACCUGUGACCUUCUUCAGCGGCGUGAUGGUGGCCGGCGGCCUGAUGCUUAGCGCCUUUGCGCCCAACAUCCCGUUUCUGAUGUUUUCUUACGGGAUCGUAGUCGGCCUCGGUUGCGGUCUCGUCUACUCUGCCACCCUGACAAUCACCUGUCAGUAUUUUGAAAAGAGACGUGGCCUGGCGCUGGGCAUCGUCACCACAGGUACAAGUAUUGGAGCAUUCAUCUACGCCACCGCUCAGAACGAGUUGAUAGUGUUCUUCGGCCUGGAUGGCUGCUUACUCAUCAUCGGAGCUGUCGCGCUGAACCUCAUGGCCUGCGCCGGCUUCAUGAGGCCCCUCAACAUGCCGGGGUACUACCUCAAACAAAAAGCUGCUCUGGAACGCCACACGGAAGAGCGUCUAUUCUGCAAGCUGCCACUGAACGAACUGAACAUUACAACAGGUUCCGCUGUAACCACCACAGAGAAAACCCCCACCGUGAAGGAACUGCUCAUAACCAUCGACGUCAAAGACUUGGCCAUACAGAUAGAGAAGAAGAAAGAGGGUCCCUUCGCAGGGGUAGCCAUAACGAAAUUCAUCAAAGAGAAGCAGAAGGCUUACUCCGAGUACAUUCAUUCCAUGUGUGAGAUUCUGCAGGAUCAAGUCAUGGUGGCCUUUUGUAUCGGCAUCUUCCUCUUCAGUCUGGGUGCAUUCCCGCCUGUGCUCUUCAUCGAGGAUGUGGCGCAGAGCGAAGGACUUAUCGAAGAAGUUAGCGUCUUUCCUCUUGUGUCCAUAGGGGCUAUUGCCACUGGAGUAGGUAAACUUGUUCUGGGUAUUCUGGUGGACAUCAAAUGGAUUAACUGCGUUUAUCUGUACGCCUUCACCAUGUUUGCCGGAGGCAUCGCGCUACUCCUCAUCCCCAUUACCAAAACGUACUUGGGACUGCAGAUUCUGUCUGCCGUCAUGGGAUUCUUCUCUGGAAACUGGUCGAUCACUUCCUACAUUACCACUCAUAUUGUUGGCCUGGAGAAACUGUCACAAGCUCACGGCAUCCUCAUGUUCUUCGGUGGAUUCGGGAUCAUGCUUGGACCCCCAGUUGUAGGUUGGUUCUUUGACUGCACUCAGUCCUACGAUUUGGCGUUUUUCUUCAGCGGGAGCUGUGUGUUGUUAGGAGCGUGCAUUCUUCUCCUGCUCAGCCUUCCCUGCUGGAAAAAGAAACCCGCUGACAUCGAUCGACCGGACAUCCAGUAUACUUGCACAUGUGACAAAGUCGCCUCUGUAUCUUGAAAUUGUUGCACUUUUCAAAAAAGACCUGAAGAUCUAGCUGUCGAGGCAGUUGUGUCGCCAGAACAUUUUUGACACUUUUUUUUUCUUCAAAGGAGGAUUUCCUUGACUUCUGCUGAGAGGUCGCUUUUGUACCAAAUCUGUAUAAUUCUGGCUGUUAAAACUGUAGAUGUUUUACUCCUGCUGUGGUACAGUUGGCACUCCUCUGGGUUUCUUACCAGAUCGCGGGUUCGAUCCGGUUAUCGUCGCAGUCCAGUUUAGUCAGGAAGAGCAAAAACUUCAACACUGUGCAAAUCAGUGGUCACCCCUGAAAUAAGGGGAGCAGCAUAAAGACCACUACAUUUUAUGUCAUACCCUUUACUAAACAACAUCUAAUUUACAAAAAUUUGUUUCUUAGUCCAUUCAUUUUCAUCAUACACUUUGGUUUUGCAAGUCAAGCUGUGAAACACAAAUAAAGCUGUCAACAGGUAUAAAAUCCGCAUUAUAAACUUUUAUGGUUUUGAACAGAGGUGCUCCCUUUUUCUUUUUCUUUUUUGUGUCUUGUUUUGUGCUUUUAAGAAAGUUUAAAAAAAAACAAACAUAUUAUUUCUCUGUGUUACCAAAGCAUGGCGAGGCCGGUCCACACACGGAGCGUGUGUUGGAAUAACGCCUUGUUUUCUCGUCAUCGUGUGAAUGCUCCACUUGUUUUUCUGAAAGAUUCAGAAAUGUGCUAAAACACCAGAUCUAUGUCAAACCUUGGCGGCAUGAUAAUUCUGUGAGGCAUGAUCACGAGUACAGUUUGUUAUUGUUAUUAUUUGUUUGUCAUGUUUAUCCGUGUGCUGUAUGUAUGCGUCUGUACACACAUUUUUGUGUGUGUAGAUUUUAUUUUUGUAUAUUGCCUAGUUUUUAAAGCCUCAUGUUUUUUUUGUAACGAAGAAAACUGGCCAGUACCUGGUUAAAACGUUUUAAUUUUAGUGCCUUUUUGAACUUCUCAAGACCACUACAAAUGUCUAGUUUGAGUAGUAGAUGUAAGAGUACAUUUGGGAUUUUAGUUUUAAUUGUAGACUGUUUUGUAGAAAUAUUAGUUUUUUUUAAUUGUUAAAAUAUUUAUGUCUGCCUAUCUGUACUGUUUAUUUUAUUUGAUCUCAUUUGAAAGAUUUCAAUAAUAUUCUUUUUUUGUUUGUUUUAAUGACAUUUAAACAUGUUUUUUAUGGCGUUGGUGAAACUGCCCCACAUGCUUUAUGAUGUGACCAAUAAAAGAGGUAGUAACAUUUA